AUGUCUUCAAAGACCGUCAAGAGAAUUACACUCUUCAAGAUACCCAAAGAAGAGGAUAUUGACGGAGCGUUGGCCCAAUAUGAGAUUUUGAGGUCAACCGCACAGAAGGACGGGAAACCAUAUAUCAUCUCCAACGAGGCGACUCGCGUGACCAACUCUUCGGAUGAGCGAGCCCAAGGAUACACGAUGCUCGCUGUCACGGUCUUCAAGUCACGAGAGGAUUUUGACUACUAUGACAAGGAAUGCGCCGCGCACAAGAAGUUGAGGGAGUUCAUCACUCCCAGGAGGACUGGCUUUGCUACUAUUCAGUAUGAAAGCGAGCUUGGUCCUUGA